AUGCGCGAGGAUUACCUCAGGGCGAGGGGAGUCCCCUCAGGGACAGGGCGCGCGGCCCACGAGGAAUGGCUCCUUGUUGGUACCAAACAAGGGCAUCUUCUGCUUUACAGGAUCAAGAAAGACAUAGUGCCAGGAGAGGUUAUGUCAUCAGAAAGUGUCUGUUGCAAUAGAUUUGAAGUGACACUAGAGAAAUCCAACAAGAACUUCUCAAAAAAGAUUCAGCAGAUUCAUGUUGUUUCUCAGUUUAAAAUUCUGGUCAGUCUAUUAGAAAAUAAUAUUUAUGUCCAUGACCUGUUGACAUUUCAACAAAUCACCACGGUUUCCAAGGCAAAAGGUGCAUCUCUCUUCACUUGUGAUCUUCAGCAGUCAGAUACAGGGGAAGAGGUGCUGAGAAUGUGUGUGGCAGUGCGGAAAAAGCUACAGCUUUAUUUUUGGAAGGACAGAGAAUUCCAUGAACUACAGGGGGACUUCAGUGUACCUGAUGUACCCAAGUCUAUGGCCUGGUGUGAAAACUCCAUCUGUGUAGGCUUCAAGAGGGACUAUUACCUGAUACGGGUGGAUGGAAAAGGAUCCAUCAAAGAACUGUUUCCCACAGGGAAGCAGCUGGAACCAUUGGUAGCUCCUGUAGCAGAUGGGAAAGUUGCAGUUGGCCAAGAUGAUCUAACCGUUGUGCUCAACGAAGAAGGGAUCUGUACUCAGAAAUGUGCCUUGAAUUGGACAGAUAUUCCUAUAGCCAUGGAACACCAGCCUCCCUACAUCAUUGCUGUUCUGCCAAGGUAUGUGGAGAUCCGCACUUUUGAACCCCGGCUGCUGGUACAGAGUAUUGAGCUGCAGAGACCACGCUUCAUCACUUCUGGAGGCACAAAUAUUAUAUAUGUGGCAAGUAAUCACUUCGUGUGGCGGCUUAUUCCAGUCUCCAUAGCCACACAGAUCCAGCAGCUUCUGCAGGACAAGCAGUUUGAGUUGGCUUUGCAGUUGGCAGAAAUGAAAGAUGAUUCAGAUAGUGAGAAGCGACAACAAAUUCACCACAUAAAGAACCUCUUUGCCUUCAACCUCUUCUGCCAGAAGCGCUUUGAUGAAUCCAUGCAAGUUUUUGCCAAGCUUGGUACAGAUCCCACUCACGUGAUGGGUCUGUAUCCUGACCUCCUGCCCACAGAUUACAGGAAACAGCUACAGUAUCCCAACCCCCUGCCAGGGCUCUCUGGUGCAGAGCUGGAGAAGGCACAUUUAGCUCUGAUAGACUACCUAACUCAAAAAAGAAGUCAGCUGGUGAAGAAGCUAAAUGAUUCAGACCAUCAGUCCAGUACCUCACCCCUCAUGGAAGGAACACCCACAAUCAAAUCCAAAAAGAAGCUGCUACAAAUCAUUGAUACCACCCUGUUAAAGUGUUACCUGCAUACAAAUGUAGCACUGGUGGCACCACUACUACGUCUGGAGAACAAUCACUGCCAUAUUGAGGAGAGUGAGCAUGUACUAAAGAAGGCACACAAAUACAGUGAGCUGAUAAUACUGUAUGAGAAGAAGGGUCUGCAUGAGAAAGCAUUACAGGUACUGGUGGAUCAGUCAAAGAAAGCCAACUCACCUUUGAAGGGUCAUGAGAGGACAGUGCAAUAUCUGCAGCAUUUGGGCACAGAGAACUUGCACUUGGUAUUUUCCUACUCUGUCUGGGUGCUAAGAGAUUUUCCUGAAGAUGGACUGAAGAUAUUUACAGAAGACCUCCCUGAAGUAGAAGCUUUGCCACGAGACAAAGUGCUCAGUUUCUUGAUAGAAAAUUUUAAAAGCUUGACUAUUCCUUACCUGGAACACAUCAUUCAUGUCUGGGAAGAAACUGGUGCAGACUUUCACAACUGUCUGAUCCAGCUGUACUGUGAGAAAGUGCAGGGCUUAAUGAAAGAGUAUCUCAGUUCUUUCCCUGCAGAUAAAACUCCUGUGCCUGCUGGGGAGGAAGGAGGAGACUUGGGGGAUUACCGGAAAAAGCUUCUACUUUUUCUGGAGAAGUCUAGCUGGUAUGAACCUGGUCGACUAAUUAGUGACUUCCCCUUUGAUGGUCUCCUGGAAGAACGUGCUCUGCUCUUGGGUCGUAUGGGGAAGCAUGAGCAAGCUCUGUUUAUUUAUGUUCAUAUUUUGAAGGACACCAACAUGGCUGAAAACUACUGCCAUAAACAUUAUGACAGAAACAAAGAUGGCAACAAAGAUGUCUAUCUGUCACUGCUCCGGAUGUAUCUCUCCCCACCUAGUGUCCACUGCCUGGGACCAAUCAAGAUGGAAGUGCUGGAGCCUCAAGCCAAUCUGCAGGCUGCUCUGCAGGUUUUGGAACUACAUCACAGCAAACUGGAUACCACCAAGGCGAUAAACCUACUCCCAGCAAAUACACAGAUUAGUGAGAUUCGAAUCUUCUUAGAGAAAGUCCUUGAAGAAAAUGCUCAGAAGAAAAGAUUUAAUCAAGUACUCAAGAAUCUUCUCCAUGCAGAGUUUCUGAGGCGGAUCUUGCAUCUGCAAAUGAAGUGCAUUAUUACAGAGGAGAAGGUGUGCACUGUAUGUAAAAAGAAGAUAGGUAACAGUGCAUUUGCUCGAUACCCUAAUGCAAUAGUUGUGCAUUAUUUCUGCUCCAAAGAAGUCAACACAUUGGACACCUGA